AUGCCAGCGCCCGAGGUGCCCGAAGGACUUGUGAAACUACUGCAGGACUUUACUGUGGCUAUAUUACGCGCAAAGCCGGAGAGUUUAGAAAAGUUUGGUGCCGAAUAUUUCACCAGAAUUGUUAACUCUCUACCACCUGAGAACCGACCAUCUGAGAACCGACCACCUGAGAACCGACCACCCUCACAACCGCAGAAAUCUAGUACCACUUCCACCUUCAAAAUGGAUAGAAACAGUUCAAAGUCAAAACUAACGAUAAAACCGGUAGACGACGAGGAUUCGGACUCCGAAUUUCAGAAGAGGAUGGAAAGCCAAAUGAAAAACUCCAGAUUCACGAACCGAAGAGCUAGUGUGGCUGCAGAACCAUAUAAUCCAGAGGACGAUGAAAAUGAUACAAGUGGCGGCGUUGGCAGAAAGCUUAGUUUCCACGAGAAGCCCGCUGAAACAGCAGCGCAUUUGAAAGAAGUGUGCAAAAAUAUCGUCCUCUUUAACGAACUCUCGGAUAAAGAGCUGGAUGAUGUCGUUAACGCAAUGUUUGAGCGAAUGGUUACAGCAGGUGAAGACAUUAUUCAGGAAAUGGACGAUGGUGAUAACUUCUACAUUAUCACAUCAGGCAAAUAUAAGGCGACAAUACAUGAUGAAUCCGGGGAGGAAAAAGUUGUCAAAGAAUACGAUGGUGUCGGUUACUUUGGUGAGCUGGCUCUGAUGUAUAAUGCUCCGAGAAGUGCGACAGUCACUGCUGUGUCAGAUGGCCAACUAUGGGCACUGACUCGAGCUUCUUUCCGUAAAUUAGUUCUUGGUCACGCCGCUAAAAGAAGGCGCGACUUCGUCUCUCUGCUGCACUCCGUGAAGAUUUUAACAGAUCUGACACCCUACCAGCGCAUGUCUUUGGCCGAUUCACUGGAACGACGUAACGUGCCAAAGGGCGAAUGCAUAAUCAAACAGGGUGAUCCGGGCGUUGAAAUCUUCUUCGUCAUGGAUGGUACGGUCCGGGUAAUGCGAGAGGAAAACGGGAUUGAAAAGGAAUUGUCUAAGGUGACAAAAGGCGGAUACUUUGGUGAACUCGCACUGCUAAGUAGUAAACCUCGAGCAGCCAGUGUCUAUGCAGAGACAGAUGUGCUCCUGGCAGUCCUUGGUGUGGAGAGUUUUGAGCGUCUCCUGGGCCCAUGCAUAGACUUAAUGCGCAAGCAAGCAGAUGAAUACAAAGGCUCUACGUCUCCGGAAUUAUAG